GCCUGCGGGAGGCCGGGCCUGCGGGGGACCGGGCCCGCUUUGUAGGCAGCCCCCUGGCCCGGGGCCAGAUCCUUGUCCUGAUGAGUUUCCUCGCGAUUGGUUAGGACGAAAAUGCCUUCUAGGAAGGAAAACCGGAGGAGAUUGGUUUUCUUCCGGGUACCCUGAGUAGUCAGGAAGUCAGACUUUGAGCGGCGCAGGCUCCGGUGGUUGUCGUGGAGCAGCAGCCUCCGAGCUGUGGCUGGAGACAAUAAGACGUGGGAUGAGGCUCCGUGACAGGACGCAGUUCUGCCUGGGGACUCUGAAGACAAAAGGCUUUGGACAGUCGAAUUCAUGGUCGUGGAAACCCAGCCCCAAUUAAGCAAUGUCAGCCCGGGUCAUGCUGCUGCUGCUGCUGCUGCUGCUGGACGCACCUUGGCACAGGUGGCUCCGGGGCUGUGGCUGGGACGACCUGGCGCUGGAGUCUGGGCAGCUCCCUGAUUUGGGGAGGAGCGUGCCGGGUGCACAGAGCUGCAAGGUGUCCGACCUCCGAUCAUGAACGGGCCCCUGCACCCGCGGCCCCUGGUGGCACUACUUGACGGUCGGGACUGCACAGUGGAGAUGCCUAUCCUGAAGGAUGUGGCCACGGUGGCCUUCUGUGAUGCACAGUCUACGCAGGAGAUCCACGAGAAGGUGCUGAAUGAGGCUGUGGGUGCCCUGAUGUACCACACAAUCACACUGACCAGAGAGGACCUGGAGAAAUUCAAAGCCCUUCGCAUCAUCGUCCGAAUUGGGAGUGGCUUUGACAACAUUGACAUCAAAUCUGCCGGGGACUUAGGCAUCGCCGUGUGCAAUGUGCCUGCUGCAUCCGUGGAGGAGACAGCAGACUCGACCCUGUGCCACAUCCUGAACCUGUACCGGAGGACCACCUGGCUGCACCAGGCCCUGCGGGAGGGCACUCGCGUCCAGAGUGUCGAGCAGAUCCGCGAGGUGGCCUCGGGGGCCGCCAGGAUCCGCGGGGAGACCUUGGGCAUCAUUGGACUAGGUCGAGUGGGACAGGCAGUGGCACUGCGGGCCAAGGCCUUCGGCUUCAACGUGCUCUUCUAUGACCCGUACCUGCCGGACGGUGUGGAGCGAGCACUGGGGCUGCAGCGUGUGAGCACCCUGCAGGACCUGCUCUUCCACAGCGACUGUGUCACGCUGCACUGCGGCCUCAAUGAGCACAACCACCACCUCAUCAAUGACUUCACUGUCAAACAGAUGAGGCAGGGGGCCUUCCUGGUGAACACAGCCCGCGGUGGGCUGGUGGAUGAGAAGGCGCUGGCCCAGGCCCUGAAGGAGGGACGAAUCCGUGGCGCAGCACUCGACGUGCACGAGUCCGAGCCCUUCAGUUUCAGCCAGGGACCCCUGAAGGAUGCGCCCAACCUCAUCUGCACCCCGCAUGCCGCAUGGUACAGCGAGCAGGCAUCCAUUGAGAUGCGCGAGGAGGCUGCCCGUGAGAUCCGGCGGGCCAUCACAGGCCGCAUCCCAGACAGCCUGAGAAACUGCGUGAACAAGGACCACCUGACCGCGGCCACUCACUGGGCCAGCAUGGACCCCGCCGCCGUGCACCCUGAGCUCAACGGGGCUGCCUACAGCAGGUACCCGCCAGGUGUCGUGGGCGUGGCCCCCACUGGCAUCCCUGCUGCUGUCGAAGGCAUCGUCCCCAGCGCCAUGUCCCUGUCCCACGGCCUGCCCCCCGUGGCCCACCCACCCCACGCCCCUUCUCCUGGCCAAACUGUCAAGCCAGAGGCAGACAGAGACCACGCAAGUGACCAGUUGUAGCCCGGGAGGAGCCCUCCAGCCUCAGCUCCCAGCGGAGGGCGCUGUGCACCUCAGGCCGGGGCACGCAGAGGUGGCACCCGCCCGGUGGUGGCCCCAGCGCCCAGAGACUGGCUCGGGGCGUAAGCCACGCAGCUCCUCGUGUCGACUGUAGUUGUCUCGUCCCGUGGCUGGCUCACUGUCCUGUGUCCUUUGCGUUCCUCGUUAAGCAAAAGAAGUUAGUAGUUAAUUCUAUCAUGGAUGUUCUUGUCUGUGUACAGUUCUUAGAACAUUGCAGAGGAUUUGUUUGCUUAGCUGUCAACAUAAAGAAAACCUGAGGGAGCAUUCAGCAAGUCAGUUUGGGUUCCUUUUCCUUCUCUAUGUGGAACGUGCCCCAGCGAGGCGGUCGGCACACUUCUCAGGACAAUGAAUCCUUCCCGCGUUUCUUUUUAUGCCACACAGUGCAUUGUUUUCUACCUGCUUGUCUUAUUUUUAGAAUAAUUUAGAAAAAACAAAACAAAGGCUGUUUUUCCUAAUUUUGGCAUGAACCCCGUUCCAAAUGCAGUCGGCAUCUGGAAGCAGCUCAGAGGAGGUCAGAGCCCCAGUGUGCUGCCAGCCCUGACGUCUGUCCUGGGGGAGGCGUAGGGUCGCAGCACCCCCGCCUGUGCCGGUGCCGUCCUGCUGAUGUGGUAGGCUAGCAAUAUUUUUGGUUAAAAUCAUGUUUGUGACUGUAACCAUUUGUAUGAAUUAUUUUAAAGAAAUAAAAAUCCCAGAAAGAGCCAGCA